AUGCCCGGCAGCCCCCGGCCGGCCCGGCAGCAUGUGCCCACCUCUCUGCGCCGCUCAGGGAGUUCAGCUCCUGCUCUGGCUUUUCUGUGGCAAGCCUUUCCCCCUCCACAGAGGCUGCCGGUGUACCAUACCCUUCAGAUGUUUGUCCAGCACGAUGCUGCUCAGCUCUACCUCACGUUCUGGAACCUUCUUAAGGAUCAAAUAGAUGAUGUGGACUUGGUAGAGAGGCUGCAGGCCCUGUACACGAUCCGGGUGAAGGAGUCCCUGGUUUGCCUCCUCUCUACCAGAGAGAGCAGUAGGAACAGCAGUAUGCUGACCCUCUCCCUCCCUCUCUAUGACGUGGACGCAAAGCCUCUGAAAACACUGGAGGAGGCCCUGCGCUGUUUUUUCCACCCCAGGGAGUUAGCCAGCAAGAGCAAGUGGUUCUGCGAGGCCUGCGGGACGAAGACGCGCGGAAGCCAGGUCUUGAGGAUGACGCAUCUGCCCCAAACCCUGACCCUUCACCUGAUGCGAUUCUCCAUUCGGAACUCACAGACGGAGAAAGUCUGCCACUUGCUGCACUUCCCUCAGCGCUUGGAUCUCAGUCAGGUUCUUCUGGCUGAGCAUCAAGACUUCACUGAGGACGCAGAGCAGCGUGAAGCACAGUAUGAACUCUUCGCUGUGAUAGCCCACGUAGGGAUGGCAGACUUCGGUCAUUACUGUGCCUACAUUCGGAAUCCAGCGGAUGGAAGAUGGCUCUGCUUCAAUGACUCCAAUGUUUGUUGGGUGUCCUGGGAAGACGUCCAGUGUACCUAUGGAAAUCAUCACUACCGCUGGCAGGAAACUGCAUAUCUUCUGGUUUACAUGAAGAUUAGAGGUUAAUGGAUAUACUCUAAACCUUCAGAGACUGACAAAUUCAUUUCUUUUCCUGUCAUUGGAUCUGCUGAGUCUUCUAGGAGAUUCUACAAUGAGGAAAAACAUAAAAACUGUAAUAAUUUAAGUCUUAAGUUAUAACCAUGAAUGGUUACUGGUGUGGUUUGGAUGUGGUUUGUCUCCAAAGGUCCUGU